AUGGACAAAAAAACGAAUUACCAAAACGGAUUAGUUAAUUCGGUACAGAAUAAAUAUGCUCUAUAUCCUGAAUCCAUGCCUAAUCCUUUUCCAAGGGUAUACCAUAUUGAAUUGGAUCACCCUGGUACAGUACCGAAUCUCGAGAUAUCAGCGAAUUUUAUACAAGCAGGCUAA